AUGGGCGGCAUGAAUCGAGAAUUCGACCCCUUGGACAUUGUCACUGCGCCUCCCCCUGGCGAGACGCCGGAACAGAGGGCCAGUCGGGAGCGAAGGGAGGCGGAAGCGAAGCGUGUUAGCGAUGGGAUUGACGAGGACAUCAGGGUCGCGCGCGCCGCAUUAAAGAAGCAAAAGAGUGUCCUAAGAGUCCUGUUGUUGGGACAAGCAGAGAGCGGAAAAUCAACAACGCUCAAAAACUUCCGACUGAAAUACGCUUAUCAGCAAUGGUUGCAAGAGCGAGCAUCAUGGCGUGCCGUUAUUCAGCUCAAUGUAGUCCGCUCUGCACUGGCCAUUCUCGACGCUCUGCAGGCUGAGAUAAACAAUGAUCCUCUCUUGGACCCUGGGUUGGACGACGACGACGAGAGCUUGGAGAUCCACCCCACCCAUCACGCCUCCCCCGCCUCUUCGAGAUUGGAGUUUGCUUCCGACAAGCACAAGCUACUCGCCCUCAGGCUCAGCCCGCUGAGGCGGAUCGAAACAGUGUUGAAGAAACGAUUGGGCGCUGGUUCAGAGGAAGUCCGCAAUGCGCCUUCGCAGGACAUGCAGGCGACCCCUUUCGAGUCGCCACAGGUCCCGCCGGGCAAACAUCGCCGCGCUGCUGAGUUCGUAGUACGGACAUGGAGCGAUGCCCUCCAAGGGCGCGCAGCAGCGAAUCAUCACACAACUGCCGAUGAGUAUGACUCGGAAGAAGUGACGGAGGUCAUCGCCAGAUGCCAGGAAGAUCUCAUCACGCUCUGGAAUGAUCCUGUUGUGAGGAAAGUCCUCAGCUCCCGGAGAAUACCAAUUGAACACUCGGCUGGGUUCUUCCUGGAUGACCUUCAACGCAUCGCGGUCCGUUCGUACGAGCCUUCCGAUGACGAUGUAGUCCGCGCGCGCCUCCGGACAGUAGGUGUGCAGGAACAUAGGAUCCUAUUUGAGCAAGGUACGUUCCUCGAACGCGGGGAAUGGCUAAUCUACGACGUCGGCGGUGCGCGGACUAUGCGUCAUGCGUGGCUACCCUUCUUCGACAACGUCAAUGCAGUGAUAUUCCUGGCGCCUGUAUCAUGCUUCGACGAGCGACUCGACGAGGACCAUAAAGUCAAUCGCCUAGAAGACUCCUUCAUCCUAUGGAAAGCGGUCGUCUCCACGAAGCUUCUCCAGAAAACCACCAUGAUCGUCUUUCUCAAUAAAUGCGAUUUGUUAAAGAAGAAGCUGAAGAGCGGGGUGUAUGUGAAGAAGCAUCUGCCGAGUUACGGGGAACGGCCGAAUGAUGCGGCUUCGGUUGUGAAGUAUCUGAGGGAUAAGUUCAAGGAUACAUUGAAGCAGCAUUCCCCCGAACAUCGGGUUGGAUACCUAUACCCCACAUCAGUUACUGAUACCAAAGCCACCUCGACUACACUUCGCACAGUUCGGGAUGGUAUCAUGCGAGAGCAUCUCAAGAACGCCGAUUUUGUUUAA